AUCUUUGAUUGAAAUAUGGACACACUCACAAUGAUACCACUGUGGACAUUUUGUGCAUUGCACCCAAUAGUUCUUCUCAAAGGAUGUGUUCUUGCAAAUCUGAUGGUUAUUGCUAUUGGAUUUGAAGGUAGUGCUAAUAAGAUUGGAAUAGGAAUUAUUCAAGAUGGUAAAGUUUUAUCAAAUCCACGACACACUUUUAUUACUCCCCCUGGCACAGGUUUUCUCCCAAGUGACACUGCAAAGCAUCAUCAGCAACACGUGCUUAACAUUCUACAACAGGCACUUGAUGAUUCAAAAAUUACUUUAAAGGAGAUUGACUGUGUUUGUUUUACAAAAGGUCCUGGCAUGGGUGCACCAUUGGUUUCUACUGCUAUUGUUGCUAGAACACUAGCACAGCUAUGGGAUAAGCCACUUGUGGCUGUUAAUCAUUGCAUUGGACAUAUAGAAAUGGGUAGACUAAUUACUGGAGCUAUAAAUCCAGUGGUACUUUAUGUCAGUGGUGGAAACACACAAGUCAUAUCUUAUUCUCAGCAAUGUUACCGGAUAUUUGGGGAAACUAUUGAUAUGGCAAUAGGCAAUUGCUUGGAUCGUUUUGCUCGAGUGCUUAAACUUUCAAAUGAUCCAAGUCCUGGUUACAAUAUUGAGCAGAUGGCAAAGAAAGGGAAAAAGUUUAUUGAACUUCCUUAUUCAGUGAAAGGAAUGGAUGUCAGUUUUUCUGGAAUUCUAUCAUUUAUUGAGGGUGCUGCAAAAAAGAUGUUGAAAAACAAAGAGUGCACCGCUGAAGAUUUGUGUUUUUCACUUCAAGUAUGUAUGUACUUCAAGUUUAAGGAAACAUUGUUUGCUAUGCUUAUUGAAAUAACAGAAAGAGCCAUGGCACAUUGUGGUUCAUCAGAAGUUCUUAUUGUUGGUGGUGUUGGCUGUAAUAAAAGACUUCAAGAAAUGAUGGGCAUUAUGGCAAAGGAGAGGAAUGCUGUUUUGUUUGCAACUGAUGAAAGUUUUUGCAUUGAUAAUGGUGCGAUGAUAGCUCAAGCAGGAUAUGAAAUGUUUAGGACAGGUCAUGUAACUCCCAUAGAAGAUACAUGGUGUACUCAAAGAUAUCGCACCGAUCAAGUGCGCGUUACUUGGCGAGAUUAAAGACGCGAAGACCGACAAAUACGUGUUAGUUGGCAUAAUCAUUGGAGAUAUCGAUCAUAUCUAGUACACAUUAAUUGCAAACUACUUUGCAUAACGCGGUUAUAUUUUAGACAUUUUAGGUAAUCAACAGUCCAAGGGUGCUUUACUUGGUAGGAUAAAAAGUGAGCAAAAUGCUCAUAAUAAUGGCCACAAAUUUCUUACUGAUAGCCGAAAAGAACCCUUUAUUCUAA